AAUUUUAUCUGUUCCCGGUAACUUCAUGCCGCCGGCGAGAAUCCGAAUUUCCUUUUUUUCCUAUUCUUCGUUCAACAAACAUAAAUAAACAAAAAACACACCCCACGAGCUGCGCGUUGAAAAGUCUAUUGACUCUUUUCCCAAAAACCAAAAAACGAAUUUGAUUUUUCUUUGAUUUAAAAAUUCGCAAAGCUAAAUUGGAUUUCUCUUCUUUACCUAAAUCUCCUUUUCAAAGGAAAACAGCUAAUUUUGAUCGGUGAAGUCAAAACGCUAAAUCGGAUUUCGAUUUUUGUUUUUUUUUCUGUGAUUGAUUGAUUAUGGAAACAUCGGAGAAUCGUCGUGGCGAUGGUUCCGACGUGGCGACGUUCGAGACGGCGGAGAGUAUAAUACUCCGGUGGGAUUCAACGACGUCGGAGGAAGGGAAUCUGAUUUUCCAGAGCGAUCGUGAGGAGGUAGAUCGGUACUUGCGAGCCGUCGAUGAGGUCCAAAGGCACAUCUCUUCCGUCACCAUCUCCGAUGAACACAGUAGCCACGAAGUCAAAGCUAGCUCAACGAUACAAAUAGCCAUGGCCAGGCUUGAAGAUGAGCUGAGAAACAUCCUUCUCUCGCAGACUUCUACUUUCGAACCUGAUUCUCUUCUCCUCGAUUCAUCAGCUUCCUCUUUCGCUUCGCGUACUGAGCUUGAAGAAGAUAAUAGCGAAAGUGUUGUUGGUGAAGGUGACGAAGAAGAGGAACUGGAUCUGGUUCUACCAGACGGUUCGGAUUCGGGUUCGGGUGCGGGUUCGAGCCGGUUAUCGAGUAGAAGAAGCAGUUGCAAAUCCACGACCAGCAUACGCGAGAUCGAUCUGAUUUCUCCGGAGGCUGUUUCCGAUCUGAGAUCGAUAGCUCAACGGAUGAUCGGCGCCGGAUACGCCCGCGAAUGCGUCCAGGUCUACGGGAACGUGAGAAAAUCCGCCAUGGAAACGAUUUUCAAGCAGCUAGGGAUUGUGAAAUUGGGGAUCGGAGAUGUGCAGAGACUCGAUUGGGAAGUUGUGGAAGUGAAGAUCAGAAGAUGGAUCCGUGCAGCUAAGGUUUGCGUUAGGGUUGUUUUCGCCAGCGAGAAGAGACUCUCGGAGCAGAUAUUCGAAGGCACCAUGGAAGAGACAUGUUUCAUGGAGAUAGUCAAAGCCUCUGCUCUGCAGCUUUUCACUUUCCCUGAAGCCAUAAGCAUCAGCAGAAGAUCACCUGAGAAACUGUUCAAGAUUCUUGAUUUGCACGAUGCUUUGACAGAUUUGUUGCCAGAUAUGGAAGAAAUCUUCAACUCGAGUUCAUCGGAAUCGAUUCUUGUUCAAGCAACGGAGAUUCAAUCAAGAUUAGCAGAAGCAGCAAGAGGCAUACUCGUGGAGUUUGAGAAUGCCAUUUUCCGUGAGCCUUCAGUAGUUCCUGUCCCUGGAGGAACUAUACAUCCAUUAACAAGGUAUGUGAUGAAUUACCUAAACUUGAUCUCAGACUAUAAGCAAACACUGGUUGAGCUCAUCAUGUCGAAACCGUGCGCCGGUUUGAAAUGUACCAAUGAUCCAAACAAACCGGAUAUGGAUCUCAGUGAGCUUCAAGGAAGAUCUCCAUUAGCUUUGCAUUGUAUAUGGAUAAUGGUAAUGCUACAGUUCAAUCUAGAAGGCAAGUCUUUGCACUACAAAGACGAAUCUUUAUCACAUAUCUUCGUCAUGAACAAUGUCCAUUACAUAGUUCAGAAGGUCAAAAGCUCGCCGGAGCUAAGAGAAAUUAUAGGAGACAUCUAUUUAAGAAAGCUUACAGGGAUAUUCAGACACGCAGCGACCAAGUAUCAGAGAGCCACAUGGGUCAGAGUUUUGAAUAGCUUGAGAGAUGAAGGAUUACAUGUGAGCGGAAGCUUCUCUUCCGGUGUAUCGAAAAGUGCUUUAAGAGAGAGGUUUAAAGCUUUUAAUACAAUGUUUGAAGAGGUUCACAGGAUUCAAUCGACAUGGUCGGUUCCUGAUACUCAGCUUAGAGAAGAACUAAGGAUAUCUUUAUCGGAGCAUCUGAUCCCAGCUUAUAGAUCAUUUCUUGGAAGAUUCAGGGGACAUAUAGAAAGCGGAAGACAUCCCGAGAACUACUUGAAAUACUCUGUUGAAGAUCUUGAAACCGCUGUGUUGGAUUUCUUCGAAGGAUAUAGCACAGCACCACAUUUGAGGAGACGAUCUCAGUGAAAAAAGAGAUCAUUAGAACUAGCCAUAUAUAUAUAUCAUUCUUUGGAUUCUUUCCUUUUUCAUGUGGCAGGGUUUAGAUUGUUCUCCAGAAAAAUCUCCAGCUUCUGAUGAUUGUGUGGAGGCCAGAUAACAAAAUGCUUUGGAAAAACUUUAAUCCUAAUUACAGAGUAACAUCUCUUCUUCGCUUAGGCAAUGAUUCUAGACUUCUAGUCCAUAAAGAUUCAAACCGAAACUGGACACUUGCACAAAUUUGUAAAUGAGAGAGAGAGAGAGAGAGAGAGAGAGAGAUUAUAUUUCGUUUCCCUUGAACCACAAGCUUCUUUUGAAGCAAAGUUUGAUGCUAUUGUACUGUACGGUGCCACAAUAAGCAUAUAUGGGUCUAACACUUGCCACUCUGCAAUAAAAGCUGAACUUUAGGCUCUAUUAAUGGAGCUUUACAAUACACAUGGAUCGAAUGACAUCGAUUUGUCGUCUUCGAAGGUGAUAAUAAGUCUGCAACAAGGAUGGUCAAUGAAGAACAACUCAACUUUGGAUUACACAAUUGGGUAAGAGAGAUUGGAUUGGAAAAGUUUUAAGGUGUGGAAAUCAUAUGGACACCACUACUUGGUUGGUAAUCAAGCGGCUGAUAAACUUGUAAAGGAGUUCCCUCCAGAUACUGAUUUUUAGUCUUAUUUUUAUGUACCAGUUGUUAUUGUAUCAAUCCUUCAUGAGGAUCACAU